GAACGUGGUUUCUGUAGUUUGGGAGGUUGCGUAGAAUCUACCAGAGCUGCAAUAGAAACAGCCAAAUGUGUUAUAGCACAAGUCAAUUUGCAUCAAAUUAAAACCUUCGGUGAUAGCCAAGUCCAUGUCAACCGCUUCGAUUUUAUAGUGGAAGGCCAUCAUGAGCUACCCGAGUUGCAAAUGAAACCCUUCUCCAAGGAGGAUUUAAAAAUAGGAAAAUUGAUUGCAGAUAACUUAGUAGAUGACGGUGCAACACUUCAAACUGGUAUUGGAUCAAUUCCCGAUGCCGUUCUGGCUUCACUGAAACAUCAUCGCAGUUUGGGAAUUCAUACUGAAAUGUUCAGUGAUGGAUUAGUUGAUUUGUUCAAUUCUGGUGUAAUUACUAAUGAAUACAAGACUGUCAUUCCGGGAAAGAUAGUCGCUUCUUUUACUCUAGGAACUAAAAAACUUUACGAAUUUCUAAACAAUAAUAUAUCUAUCGAGAUGAGGGAUAUCAGUUUCACUAACAACACGGGAGUGAUCGCUUCAAAUCACAAAAUGGUGGCCAUUAAUUCUUGCAUCGAGAUCGAUUUAGCUGGAGAAGUUGCAGCUGAUUGUAUUGGAUCUUAUAUCUAUUCAGGAUUAGGAGGUCAGGUAGACUUUUUAAGAGGAACUGCUGAAAGUUUAGACAGAAAGGGAAAGCCCAUAAUCGUUUUACAUUCGAGGACUAAUAAAGGACAGGCCAAAAUCGUACCUCAUUUAAAACCUGGAUCGGCAGUUGUGUCCACGCGUGGCCACGUCCAUUACGUAGUUACAGAAUAUGGAAUUGCUAAUCUUUUUGGCAAGACUCUAAGACACAGAGCUUACGAAUUAAUUCGAAUUGCUCAUCCGGAUGAUAGAGAAAAGUUAGAAAAGGCAGCAUUUGAUAGAUUUAAGUGCAUGCCUUCACCUUUAUGAGGAUACUUAAGCUGGACUCUGUAUUAAUCAUCCAUCAAAGAUUUAUUCUAUAAAUUUGUCAUUUUGAAAAUUUAGUGGUAAUUAUAUUUCGCAGACAUUUGUUCAACAUGACGAAUAAAAUAAUACAAAUGUAUUUAAAUACACAAACCCUGAGAAUUCUCCUUGUAAAAUACAGUAUCUACCAAUGGCACGUUAUACUCGGUAGCUUCAAGAGACCGCAAAUUUGAAUGCAGAGGUCCCAUGUAGACCUACAGUGUUGACUUCAAAC